AAGGUUCUUUCUUUGCAGGAAAAACUGCAACCCCCAGUCCCAUGAAAACAAAACAGUAGCCAUUUAUGUCCUGCCUUCCCAUUAUCCAAACAUCCUUCCUUUCUCUGUCUAAAAUGGUCCAGCCAGCUUUUACCAUUGUACUAAACAAACCCCCUAAAUAUUCAAAAAAAAAAAAGAAAUAUGAAAAGCUAAGACAGAUAAAGAAGGAGAUAUGUCUUCAAUUGUCCUCCAACCACAGAGCUCUCUCUCUCUAUUCCCCAAAAAUUAAAAAUAUGAACUUUCUUAAUUCCCGCAUUUACCCUUCUCUGUACCGCUAUCUUCCCAUCACUCCUUCAACUCAAAGUCUUUCCAUGUUCUUCUUCAUGGGCUUUUUUGGGUUCUCACAUUCUCCAUCCAGUUUCAGAGAAAGUUGUCUUUUCUCUCCCCAUCUUCCUUAUUAUUUCCUUUUUCUUUAUCUUUCAAUAAAAAUUCCGCCUUGAACGGCGUCUUGCUUUUUCUUCAAGUUUUGAUUUUUCAAUUUGAACAAGUUAAUAAAAACAAGUGCUUUUUUGGGUUCUUUGGAUUUUCUUUUUUAUUUCUCCUAAUUGGAAUGGGAUACGGUUUUCUGGGCUAUAAAUUUUAGGGCAAAAGAUCAUCUCUUUUUGCCUAUAUAUAUUCUUGAGAAAGGUUUAUUUAAAAAAAAGAUAAUUGGGUUUCAAUUUUAAUAAUUAAAGAUGAAAAGGGUUUCUGUGAACUCGGUUGAUGAAGGAACUAGGGCUAGAUUGAAGCAUCAAACCCUACUCCAGGAAUUCUUGCAAUUGCAAAAGGAAUUUGUUUCAAAGAAGAAAAAAUUGCAGACAGUGAACCAGAGGCGAGAAACCCUUUUGGCCGAAGUUCGAUUCUUACGACAGAGGUACAGCUAUUUAUCAACGAUCAAGUCUCGACAACCUGAACUAGAGCAAGAUUCUGUUCAAUCACAAAAUCCCUACCUGCAAAGCAAAACGGUUAAGCCUAAGAAUUUCAGUAUCAAUGAAGCCGGUGAAAGAAGACCAUCUUCUCUUCCUGGUAUCGAUCCUUAUGUGGCUCACGAGGAAAAGGGCGGGAGAAAUCGAGUUGAUGUUCAGGCCCUGUUGAGAAACGAGAAGUCGAAAAAUUGCUCCAUUAAUGGCAAAAGAGUUAGGAAGAAAAAAAUAUCAUGGCAAGAUCCAGUGGCUUUGAAGGUCUGAAAUCUAAUUGAUAAUAAUCUUUUCACACACAGUUUAGCGGUAAAAAAAAAAAUUUGAUUGGCAUUGCUACAGAUUAUUACCAUCAACCGUCUUAAUAUUUCUUUUAGAAUUAAUUGUAAAUCAGUGGAAAUUUGCUCAGUUUAUAGCAUAUAUGAAUAUAGUGAUUGUUUCUCAUUUUGACAACCUUUCUAUGUGGUCUGUUAACUGUCAAAACCUUGAAUGUCACAGAAUCUCAUUGUCAAAACUCUAGUUUAUGGUGAGGAAUAUGUUUUGUAUUAAAACUCUGUAUUCUACAAUGUACAUCAAAGGAUUUUGAGAUGCUCCAACUUCCUUGAUUGCCUGUGUUGCUUUUGGCAUGAAUUUUAUGACAUUAAUAUAAUUUGUAGUCUCUGUCAACUUGUACAAUUCGGUGCACUUUAGUUUCCAUUGUGGUUCCUGAACUUGAUAAUUUUUCAUUUUGCCAUUAUCACAUGAAAUUUUUUAAAAAAUAUCAUAAUAUCACAUCAUCAAAUUUUUAAUUGAAUUCAAGUUUUAAUUAAAAUGGACCUAUUUACUAAGUGUAAGUUUAAGUGCUAAAGUAGGGACAAAAUUUCAGUGAACCUAAAUGUUAGGGACCUAACAUGAACUGGUAGUGGCAUUAACUUUAAGAUGGAACCAAUAACCCAAAGCAUUGGAUAGUUACAAACUGUACAUGUUAUUACUGAAAUUGUCAUAGUGUUAUUUUCAGAAAAAAAAACAUCACAAUUUAAUGAUUCAAAUACAAGAAACAAAAAAGGACAUAUAUUCUUUCUUAAUGUGUCAUCAAUUGCAUUCCUGCUAAAAGCCAUCUACAUAUGCAUAUCGGAAUAUUCAAGGAAAACAAGCAGGUCAUCUGAUCCUU